AUGUUGUUCCCCGAGGAAGAUACGCCGCUGCUGAAGAAGUGGAUUGUGAAAAGGCUCGAGAAUACCACCGAUGCAGACGCAGAUGUUCUCGCCGACUAUGUCCUUGCGCUACUCCGACAAGAUAAUGAUCCUGCCGAGGUUCGAACGCUCUUCAUGACUGAGAUUCCAGAUUUCCUGCAAGAGCACACCGAAAGCUUCACCCAAGAUAUUUUCGAAGCCGUUCAAUGGAAAUCAUAUCUUCCCGGCGGAGGUCCACCCCGAAGACCAUCUCUGCCGUUUGCGCCCCCUUCAGGCCCCUCGGCGCCUUCGUAUGGCAAUGUUGGAAUGGGCGCGCCGCUGGGUCCUUCCGGCGAUUCGAGGAAACGUUCGUACAAUGAUCGAGGCGAUGGCGAUUCGCAAGAUAGGGGAUUUCAGGGUGGCGACCCGAAUGGGAGGUCGUAUAAACAACCUCGUCGAGGAGGCGCGCGUGGAGGUUUUGACGGCUUUAAUGGACGGGGAGGCUUUCCAGGCGGCCGAGGAUCACCUAUGAAUAUACAAGGAAUGCCUUCUCCGCAGGGAUUUCCUAAUAUGCCAGGCAUGCCUAGUCCUCCAGGGAUGCCGCCUUUCGAUGCGAAUAAUCCUAUGGCGACUAUGCUCGCAAUGCAGGCGAUGGGCUUUCCACUACCCUCCUUUCCUACACCAGGCUCUCCUGGAGUUGGCGGACCACCAAGACCCCAUAAUAUGCAGCCUAAGAAGCAGAGGUGUCGAGAUUAUGAUCGAAAGGGGUUCUGUGCACGUGGGAAUACUUGCAUGUUCGAGCAUGGAGAGAACUCAAUAUUCGUACCUCCAGGAAGCAAAGGAGACGAGUAUGACCCAACAAACGCCGGUCUCAUGACAGGCAUUGAGAGCAAUGGUAGUCCAGGUGGAUUUCCCAGUCGUGGUUCUUCAAGGGGUGGAGAUCGAGGCAGGGGACGCGGCGGGUUUCAGAGAGGUGAUCGAGGCGCACCACAUGGGAAUGCCAGCCGGCGAGGAGGUCGAGCCGAAUUUUCUUCAGAUAGACCGAAUUUUGAUAUGUCCAAGACUACGAUCGUGGUGGAGAAUAUCCCUGAGGAGAAGUUUUCCGAGGACUCGGUACGAGAAUUCUUCAGCGAGUUUGGUAACAUUGUAGAGGUCUCGAUGAGACCUUAUAAGAGGCUGGCAAUCAUCAAAUACGAUGAUUGGAACUCGGCAAACACGGCGUACAAGUCACCCAAAGUCAUCUUCGACAACAGAUUCGUCAAGGUCUACUGGUUUGUCGACACCGACUCAUUACCAAAACCGCCAGGGGUUACUGGUUCGAACGGCUCUCCCAUGAACGGCGCGGGACCGCUUACUGCGGCUUCAGAUCGCAAAACGUCAGAACCGGAGAUUGAUAUGGAGGAGUUUACUCGCAAGCAGGAGGAGGCCCAGAAGGUGCACGAGGAGAAGAUGAAGAAGAAGCAAGAAAUGGAGAAUUCGAGAAAAGAGCUUGAGAAACGACAAGAAAACCUCUUAAAGAGCCAGGCCGAGGAGAAGAGAAAGUUGAUGGAGAGGAUAGCGGCCAAGAGCGCCAAAUCCGGCACAACUCCUUCUGAUAAAGGGAGCGAAACUCCAUCUUCCGCGGGUGGACAAACGACUUCUCAAACGGAAGCUUUGAAAGCACAACUUGCUGCGUUGGAAGCUGAAGCAAAGUCCCUGGGUAUCGACCCCUCAGCCACAGAAGAGCCGUCCUUUGGUGGAUACCGCGGACGAGGUCGUGGCCGUGGUGCCUUCAGGGCAAGAGGGGCAUACACUCCCCGUGGUUUCCGUGGCGGCUUUAGGGGUCGUGGCGGGGCCCCAUUCGCAGGAGGCGGUGCGGGUGCAUACAAGCUCGACAACCGACCCAAGAAGAUAGCCUUGACGGGAGUCGACUUCACCAAUGCCGAGAACGACGAGAGUCUCCGGCAGUUUCUUCUCGGCAUCGGCGAGUACACGGAGCUAGACAUCACACCCCCCAAAACAUCCGUAACAUUCAAAGACCGCUUCACCGCCGAGAAAUUCAUGUACGGCCUGCCAGGCGGCGAGCUGCCCUCGGUCGGCAAAAUAGAAAUGGCAUGGGUGCAAACCCCUCUGCCUCCCAUCAAUCUCUCUUCUUCCACUGGCACUUCCACUUCCGCUCCAGUAUUCAAACCCGAGGACUCAGCCAUGGACGACGGCGAUGGCGAUGGCGAUGCCAUGGUGCCGACGUACGCUCCCGAGCGCACGGAUUUGAAGAGAGAGCAUGUGGAGAAUCUGGAUUAUGAUGUUGCGGAUGACAAUGAGUGGGUUCAAUGA